UUUAUAUUGAAUGUGAUGUCGAAAUUUGUAAGGACGCCCUGUUAUUGCUCUUGACAAAAACGGGGACCGUGCAUUUGCAGUUGCAGUUAGACAAAGCUUUACACCGCUGGAUCGCCGGCUCUUUGCCGGCGGAAGUUACUUCGGUUUCCGGUCGCUACUGCCUCCCCGACGCCGAGGGAAUCUUUAAAGUUGUAGAAAUUGAAGAAGGCAACUUUCUGUGUGUUUGUCGUGCGACAGAAUGGCAGAAGGACUAUCCCAAGAGAAGGUGGCAACUUUCACCAAAAACUUCAAAGCUGUGCCACAAUACGGCUUUGCCCAGAAUGUGGCAACCAGUGGUGACCUUCUACAGGCUUAUCUCCAUCGGCAGGUUAUUCAAGAAACCUCAAGUGUAUUCAAACAUGUCAUCCCUGCAGAAGGAAAACCGGUUACCAACCAAAAAAAUACAGGACGGUGCUGGAUCUUUUCUUGCUUCAACGUGAUGCGUCUUCCAUUGAUGAAGAAAUUUAACAUCGAAGAACUUGAGCUCAGUCAAGCUUAUAUAUUCUAUUGGGAUAAGCUUGAGCGCUGUUACUAUCACUUGAAUGCAUUCAUUGAGAUUGCUCAGAGAAAUGGCAAGGAAAAGGAGCCCUUUGAUGGUAGACUGUCACAGUUCCUGCUAGCAAAUCCUUCAAACGAUGGAGGCCAGUGGAAUAUGCUUGUCAACCUCAUUGAAAAAUAUGGAGUUAUGCCUAAGAAGUGCUACCCUGAAUCUCACAGUUCAGAAGCCAGCAGAGCCAUGAAUGAUGUUCUGAAUCACAAGUUGCGAGAAUUCUAUUGGCGCCUGAGAAAGCUGGUAGAGAAUGGGUCGACUAAGGAGGAACUCUCUUCUCACGUGGAUGAUAUGAUUGAGCAGAUCUUCAGAAUCAUCAACAUUUGUUUGGGAACUCCCCCUGAAACUUUUACAUGGGAAUUCAGGGACAAAGAAAAAAACUACCAUAAGAUUGGGCCAAUCACACCUCUUCAGUUUUACCAAGAACACGUGAAGCCUCUUUUCAACAUGAAAGACAAGGUGUGCUUGGUUAAUGACCCUAGAUCCUUCAACCCCUACGGAAAGCUGUACACAGUAGAUUUUCUGAAUAACAUGUCAAAUGGAAGGAAGGUUUUGUACAUCAACCAGCCGAUUGAGAUACUGAAGCAGAUGGCCGCUGCUUCCAUCAAAGAUGGAGAGGCAGUCUGGUUUGGGUGUGAUAUAGGAAAACAAUUUUGCAGCAAGCUAGGAAUCAGUGAUCUCAAUAUACUGAAUCAAGAGCUACUGUUUGGAGUUACUCUGAAGAAUCUGGGCAAAGCAGAAAAGCUGAUGUAUGGUGAAUCACAGAUGACACAUGCUAUGGUUCUAACUGGUUUCUCUGAAAAGGGUGAAAAUGAAGCAGAGUAUGAAAAAUGGAGAGUGGAAAAUUCAUGGGGAGAAGAAAGUGGGAACAAAGGUUACCUUGUUUUAUCAGACGAGUGGUUCACCGAAUACAUUUAUGAAGUGGUUGUGGAUAAGAAGUAUGUGCCAGCAGAAGUUCUUGAAGUACUGGAGCAGGAACCAAAAGUUCUUCCAGCUUGGGAUCCAAUGGGUUCUCUGGCGUGUGGAACCAAGAGUGAUUUCAUUUUACGGGCAUGAUUCACAUUCAAAAUACAAGGCAAUUAGAAGGUGCAAAUUGUGAACUUUAAGGGAGAAGUAUUUUUGCUUUGGUUUUCUUUAGUUUAUCUUUUAGUAUUUACAAAGUCACCUAGCUAUAUUGUAACCUUGACAUAAACUGGUUAAUAUCUUUAACAAUGUACAAUGUCUUGUGAGGCUGGGAACUGGGGGGGGGGGGGGGGGGGUUCGAGAGAGUCAGGAGGAAGACGCUGAGGAAGGUGGACGUGCGCUGCACUGCUUGGUUGACCACCGGGGGUGGUCCUGGGUGCGAAGACGUGGAGGUCGGAGGCAAGCGACGAGGGGUCGAAUGGUUCGAUGGUUGAGCUCCAAUGAUGUGCACUAAACUGACUGAACUUUGAUUAGUUGGCACCUUUUGGUUUUUCUUUUCUUUCAUAUAUAUUGUAUUGCCUAGUACUCUUUUAGUUUUAGUAAACUCUUUAAAGUGUAUUUCAUAACGGUAUCUGGUGUGAUUUUGAUACUGUGUGCGGGCGCAAGGCAUAAACUCGAUUCUCACAGCACCUGCGUGUACGGGAGGUGGGAUUGGUGUGUGGCUGGAUCUCCUUUUCCCCUAGACAUAUACCAGCCUGUUGGUUAAGUGUUACAACAAGAAUGCAUAAAAUGUUAUUAGUUCAGAUAUGUAUGUUACAUGCCUUAAAAUAAAAGAUCCUGUUCAAAGUAAUUUCUCAUCAAAUGAAUAGGUGCUGUGGCAAAUUUCACUAAAAGCUCAAUUAUAAAUCCAUCUUCUGACCUAAGCGGUCAGAGGAAGAUGGAUAAUCACAAUUUAAAGUAGUUAUCCUAUUCCUCAGCAAUUAUCAAAACAAAGGCAUUGAUAAUAUUAGCAUCUGUAGAAUCAGCAAAGAGGUGAUUAUACCCUCUUCUAACCCACUGCGCAAUUAUUUCCAACUCUUAUCAACAAUUCAAAUAUUUUUUUGAAAUUUUAUUUAAAGAUUCAGCCUUUUGUACUUUAUAUAAUCAAUUCACCUUGCUAGUCGUUUACAAGAUUUAGAUAUAAACUGAUGAUCAGUUAACACCUGCUUUACAGACAUCCUAUCUUAAGGAUGCAAGAGGUCUGGAACUCACAGUGCCUUGCGCUUUCACAGUUAAGGUUAUUUGCUGACCUAAGGCACUGAGCAACAUCAUUCUGUGUUUACUUUUAACCAGAUUCAAAAGAAAGUAACUUCUGAGAAACUGAAAACAGGAUGUCAAAUCAAACGCUCAGAUUGCUACACUAACAAGCCUACACCCUUGUGUAAAUGUUGGUGCAGGCACUGUGCCCAUUAUCUACUCUAACGCAUAUAAAAGGAAAAAGUAACAAUAAGUUGCUAUUGAAGUACUAGAAUAAAGAUGAAUGUACAGUGUUUAUGAA